AUGGGCCGGUUCCUCGACUCUGUCCUCAAGCGUCCAUCCCGCUCCUACGCCGCCGAGGCGUCUUAUCCGUGGGAUCGAUCAAACGCCGAGGGCAGAUAUGUCUCACAGACAGGGAGUGACCUCGGCAUCGGGCCCAGCAGGCGUAGGACAGCUUCCCUGUUCUCCAACGAUAGCGAGCCAGGCCGGUAUCACCACCUCGCCCCGGACCUGAACCCUGCCCCACCUCGCCACUCCUUCGCCGGGCGUAGGGGUCCGUCGCCGGUGCCCGAAGAGCCAAGACGAAACAGCUUGAACGCAAAGCCUUCCAAGGGUGCGCUGUUUGAUGGCGACCUUCCCCCACUGCCUCCUAUUCCUUCUCAGCACCAACAUCACGUCCGCUUCAGACAGGAAGCCGGCGUACAUGAUGUGCCGAGAGCACAGACCGUUGAGCAUGCUGAGUAUGCUGAAGACCGCCAUGUCGCGCCUUCACGGCGUGACUCGCGCUCGCGCCAGCCAGAAUCAGGGCCGCCGCGUCCAAAGCAACAGUUCCAUCAACCGGCUUACGCCCAACAACAUCCGGCCAGCGUGAGGACAAAGGACGUACGCCACCGAAUCAACGGCCCUGAAGACCCGCCGCACCUCCAGAGCCCACCACUUGAUCCCGAGGAACAUGACAGCGCAGGAUCACACGUUGUUCGACGUGUAUCACAUCCACAAUCUCCCCCUCUCGCACGGCCCAUUGAUCGACACAUCCCUUCACUUACUCUGGCCAUCGCACCGCCCUCGACCCUUUCCCGUCCCUCGCCUCCUCUCCCUCUUCAUCUACCCGCUUCUGGCGUCUCCGAAGCGCGAGAACGCAGCAGCCCGACCUCGCCCCGCGUUGUGCAAUUUGCCGAUGUCGUCCAGUACUCCGACCCGCCCUACGUGUAUUCCGACGAGGACACGGAAUCUCACUACUCCCAUUACUCCCAUUCCUCUGAUGAGCGGUCGUCAACAACACCUUCAGCUGAGCCUGACACGCCGCCCAGGCCCCAGGUGCACAUCCAGGACGACCUUCCCCCUGUCCCACCUCGCAGUCCAAAGCGAGGGGCGCCUGGAGCUAGGCGAGAGUCCAUCGACAGUGUCAGCUCAUCGACGUCAAUUGGCGGCGCAUCGCGAGGGACACCUCCUGCGCCACUCGUGCCACUUCCCGAGGCGCGCGUACAGGCAUUUCACCCGGGGACCGGAGAUUCCUCCACAGGCGGAAAGGCGGUAUCCAAGCGUCCGGCGCCUGGUGACCGGGGUGAGAAAGAGGAGACGGCCCAGCCCUCAAGGCAGGUCAGAGCGCAGGGAGUCCCGGUGCCCGAGACGCGCACACCUGCUCCACCAGCCCUGCCCCACCUGCCAAAGCCCGAACCUCCACUUCAGCUGACCUCGUCGAGGAACCCAUCACUGUCAACGCGUGGGACGACGAUCACAACGACACUGUCCGGCCUCCAGUCGACGCCCGGCAGCGACGUAAACUCCAGCACCAGCUCCGUUCCCGACACGGUACUGGUAUCACCGCACUCCCCUACAGAAACAAGAGCGUCGGUUGUCGCCUCGGUUGACGAGGAGGCGUCGUCCAGGCGCAUUUCGCUGAUCCUCGAUGACGCUGCAUCGGAAAAGUCAGUGUACUACACACCCAGAAACUCAUUCUACUUCAAUGGAAACGGCGACGCGUCGAAGUCGUCGCUCACUCUGGACAAGCUUGGCGAGAUGCUGCGCGCAGCGGAUGACCAGGAUGAGUCCCUCGAAAUGCCAGGAUCGUGGACUUGGGAACUCGCCGAGGUGCCUGGUAGGUCGACGACGAAAUCCAUCCCAAGCGUGCUGGGAUGCGGCGAGGAGCGCAAGCACAUCCAUGUGGAGCAACCAACCCAUGCGAGCCAACCAGUGCCACAUGCCGUGCUGCUGGCGUCCGCGCCUCUGGCACAUGCCGUUGUCGAGGCCUCCGCUCAUGUCAAAUCUACCCCUGCCCCUACACCUGCACCUCCAGCCGGCCAGCAGUCACCAUUACCCUCGGCACUGACAACCUCACUGCCUGGCACCUUUCCAGCGGCUCCUAGUACCCCAGACGAGGAGGACGCCGCGGCGGAUCAUGAGUCCGAUGACGACUCAUUUCAGAUGGCCGAGGAACCCGUUGUCGAAUCAAUGGCUGAAAGCGUCCCCUCCUUACCGCAGGCCAGCGCAGUGUCCGAUGAGCACUUGGAGGAGGCAGGAACGCCGCACGAUCAGUUCUCGGAUCUGCCGACGUUCCAUCUUCAGCCUCCCACACCUGCGACUUUCACGGACGUGAUGGGCAGCCCCUUCCGCGACCUCGACUCGCCACCGCUGAAACGUGAGCUCGACCUCGCAGAGGAGUCCGAUGUGCCAGUUGUGAAGGAGGUCCCACCGUCAGCUCCACGCAGCCACGUGACGUCGACGUCCAGCAUGUACCUUGAUGACGAGGUGGAUAUCGACAACUUCGCCCCAGAGGAGAUCGCCUAUUACAACCCCUCAGGGCCAGCCUAUGCGGUACCCGAACCUCCACCCAGAAGCAGAGCCUCAAGAGUCGCCAGUCACGCCGUGGCGCGGCCGGUGGACGACACGCAGAAGUGGUACGAGCCACAUGAAAAGAGCAAGCCUCUGUCACGCACCAAUUCUCUCGCUCGACGGCAGGCCUCCGGUUCCGGUGCCGACACGCCUCCAACCCCACCGCGCAAGAGCAAGCUGGACCGAGGCGGGCGUGUCAGGGGUGCUUUCGUACAAGUGUUAAACAGCCCGUCCACUCCGAGUGCGGCCACGACCGAGAGAGGGCCGAAGACCAGAGCCGCGACUAUGGUUGACAACUACACUUCGUCGCUGCAGAGGUCGAACUCGAAGCGGAGCGUCGACUAUACCUCAUCGCUGCAGCGGUCCAACUCAAAACGGAGUGUGCGGUCGGCCAAGUCGACGCGGUCGGAGCGGAGUGGCACGGUAUCGUCACAACAUACUAUUGUUCCUGACAAGCCUGUGAGACACGCCGCCACGUCGCGGGCUAUGUCACCCACUCCACCACAGCCACAGCAUGUCUUGCCGCGCCGAGGUCUAUCUCCAUCGACACAACCCAUGUCUCCUGAAACGCCACAUCAACCGGAGCCACAGUUCCGUGGCGUACGUCGCUCGGAAUCGGCCUACGACGCCGAAGCCCAUCUGAGUCCGCCGGGGCCAAUACUGCGGUCGUCUUCGUCUUUGGCCUACGAGACCCCACGCCAGAGUAUGUCGAUGGACGACUGGCACGAUGCGCAGCAAGAUGCCCUUCCAUCGAGCUCGAGGAACAGCGAUGAUACCUCAGCGUCAAACGCCGUUGGUCAUGGUCCCCACAACCGUGCUGUGAUCGGCCAGGGUGGAUGGGCAGCGGCCGCGGCCGAGCCCAUCAAGAUGUACGUGCCAACCGACGGCGACGGGUGGUCUGCGUUCCAGCCGCUCCCGCCGCGGUCGCGGGCGGCGCCGCUGCCAGGAUCGCGCAAUUCGUCCUUCGAUCUUGGUGGCCGGUCGUCGUCGUCGGCAGCUAGCUCGUCCAUCGCUCAGAGCGCGUCUGGGUCCGUCGCUGGUGCCUCGCAGGGCUCGCGAAUGUCGAUCCCAUCGAUCGCCCCGGUCCACGUCGUGGUAUCACCGACCUCGAGCGUCAGCGGCCGGGUGCCCCAGUCGCGCCUGAGGACGGUGUACCACUCCGCGGACGCCGACGAAUCCGAUGAGGGUGAGCGGCCAUCACGAUCAUAUGCCUCCCCACGUCCCGACCAUCCAACCAAUGAUGAGGCUCAGCGGUUAGCCUAUGCAGAUGAGUACGGUGCCCGUGCCGCCGCAGACGUCGGCAGCGCGGACUACAACGAGCACUAUAAAUACACCACGGAGCGUCCGAGUACACACACUUCGCCUCCAAAGGCCAAUGGCCAUUGGCCUGCGGACGCGUUCUACGACCGCGACGAGCGGAGCAAAGCGCCGUCCCGCGCGCCUAGCUCUCAUUCGUCCCAGUACUCCGCUCCGUCAAUGUACUCUGCAGCGUCUGCUCGCCCAGGUCGCCUCAACUCACCACUCCCACCUCUCCCCGACAACUCGUCGCCGUACGAGGCGGCGGCCCGUGCCCAUGCCGCGCGCCUCGGGCUAGCGUCUGGCCUCAACCCCAACGUCCUAACUGUCCUCCCCGAGAUGAGUGUCCAGGAUUCGAACGAGCUGUACCUUCCCCAGCGCAGGAACAGCCACAAGUUCGGCUCGUCGUCGUCUGAACUGGGCGCCAGAGGCAACUUGACACCGAAGCGCUCGGCGUCGCUGUUCAAUGUCAGGCGGUACUCACGCACGGCGUCGGAUAUUGGGCGAAACCCGAGGGAGUACGCGUCGUCCGAGCUUGCGAGGCCGUCAUAUCCACGCGAGUUCGACCGGCGGCACAGCGUCGAUCCUAGGCGGAGUAGCUUUGGCUCGCGGGGUGAGACGCCACGGGAGCUGUUGCGGACGCAGUCCUUCCGAGCACCGUCGCGCACGGGCGACUACAACCCCGGUGAUGUUGUUGCUCCCUCCAACGGCACAGGGGUGAUCUCGCUCGAUACGCCGAGCAUCCGACCACUCAAUAACUACCCACUCAUGGAGAGCAACGGAUACGACCAGAUGCAGCAGAACGGCUACACAAACAUGGUGCUACCUAAGGGCGGAAACUUCAAGCCAGGCGAUCCGACAAAGGCCAAUGGCCCAGACCUGCAACUGCUCGGCGUGCCGCCGACGUCAAUGGCAGCGAUCACGCUCUCGUCCGCAUUGCACACCUACCACUUGAAGCACGAGAGCCCGACACCUGAGCACCUGCGCUGGACGCUCCCGCCGCCUGUCGACUUCUCGACGGUCAAGCCUCCAUACCGCGUCUCGAGUGCCCAGAUACUCAUCCAGGUCUAUGCCGUCGCUGUGGACUGGCUGGACAUCGCGGCACUGGAUGAGAAGAGUAGACACGAUGUCGGACGUUGGAUCCCAGGCCGCUCGUUUGUGGGGCGCUGCAUCACGACUGGGGCAGACGAGAAGGAGAUUGUGCGCGGCGACGUGGUCAUCGGCCUCCUAGACAUCCGGAACUCCGGCGCACUGGCAGAGUACCUCGUCGCGGACCGACGACGCGUUGCGCGCGUCAACCCCAACACUCGUCUCGAGCUGGAGGAGCUCGCUGCUCUUCCGGCACAAGGGAUAGCCGUACACCGGGCGAUACGCGAUGUUGGUGCAACCCGUGGGCAGCAGGCAUUGGUGAUGGACGCGCACGAGGGCUUGCCCGCCCUCUUCUGCCAAGAACUGACGCGCAUGGGACUCAUUGUGACGGCAAUCGUCCCCGGCGGUGUGGAGGGAGCUCAAGCCGACGCGUUGGCAUAUGGCGCCCGUGGCGUACUGGCGGGCUCCCCUUCGAGCGUUAUGCACGGCCUCCCCGAGAACCUCUUCACCCUCGUGAUCGAUACAGCUGGCGCAGCCGACGCGGCCCGCCGCAUCCUCACCGACCGGGGCCACGUCCUGUCCUUGAAAAGUGGAGACGGCCCAACCCAAAAACACACUCUCAAGACAAAGCUUGGGUUUGCCAAACGCAAGACGUUGAGCGCCAGUUACGUCCAGCCUGCAGGGGCGGGUGACGCGCCCGUCGACGCGAGCGGGCUCGACUACCGCGAUGUUCUAGAGGAACCUGUGCUGGGCGUAUUACAUCCGGCCUUGGAGGAGAUCGUGCCGUUCGAGCUCGGUGCGAGCGUGUUCGCAAGCAGAAGGAACAUGGACCGGUUGCGGGUCGCAGUCGUGCGGAUCGUCAACUAG